AUGGUUUCUAUAAGAUCUGUGACUGCCGUGCUGGUGUCGGCUCUGUUUGCACAAUGUGCUCUAGGUGCCGAUACUAAGGCUGCUGAUGUGGGGCCUUUCCAGCCGACAAUUCAUACCAGUGAUUUCGGCGAAAUACCCUCUGACUUAUUUUAUUUCGACGAUUCUGCAGUGGUGAUGACAAUUGUCAACGAAACGGUGUACCGUUCGGAUGAUGACGGCAAAACAUGGAAAUCUUUGAAUGACGAUCUGAACAGUGCGCUGGGAACCAAGGAGACCCAAACGUUUGUUUCGAUGGAAUAUCCGAGAUUGACUAGCAAUCGUGUGAUCGUUUUCACUGAGGGACUAUCUCACUUGAUAUCAGACGACAAAGGUCAGUCGUGGAGGCGUUUUGAUAUGCCGGAUGUGAACGAUCUAGCCUAUGCUGACGUGAGAUAUAACCAUGUCAACGAGGAUAUGAUGUUGAUAUCGAACUUGUAUUGUAACGCUGAGGGAAGUUGCAAUGACACUUGGUUUUAUACCACGGAUGGACUGAGAACGCACCCGGUUCCCCUCCCUAUAGAUGACAUCCGUGAAUGUCGUUUCGCCAAAUCUAGUGCGACUUUUAGUGCUGGUCCGGAUUCGAGGAUUCUCUGUAUCCAGGUAACGGAAGAUGGGUCUGGAUCACGUUUGAUUUCAACCGAUGAUUUCUUCACUACGAUUGAGGAGUGUAAGGACUCCAUGAACUCUUUGAAUUCUGGAGAAAUCGUGGAACUCGUCGUCAUACAAUCGUUCAUAGUCGCCAUUGUCGAAGAAGAUAAGUAUGCUUGGUUUUCGAAUGUCCACUUUUUCGUUUCCAAAGAUGGUUCCCAGUUCCAGAAGGUGGAUUUCGGAUCAAAUCUCAACAAGCAGAUGUACAGUUUCCUGGACUCGACGCCUUAUUCGUUGAACGUUGUUCUUUACGGAUUCAAAAACUCGAUGGACAUUCAACCGGUCGCUGAGAUUUACCAGUCUGACUCUUCUGGAGUGCAUUAUACCAAAAUUCAGGACAAUGUAAUGUCGGGCACGUUUGGAUUCACAGCUGCUAACAAGGUGAGUACCAUUGACGGUGCUUGGAUCAUCAAUAAGAUCGAUUCGGCGAAGGGCGCCGAUAUUUCCUUCAAGACAUUGGUGACCAUCGAUAACGGUAGAACCUGGAAUCCGCCUAUCCUUGAGGAUGACGCCGAUUGUAAGGGAGAUGACGCGUGCAGUCUCAACAUCAUUUCUGUGGGUGCCAGUGGUUCUACCAAAAUGACUACAGGACCAACACCUGGUAUUGUCAUGGGGGUUGGCAGGAAAGGCAGUGGUGCCUCGAAUGAUCUCAAAGAUUUGGACACUUACGUAUCCAGAGAUGGUGGUAUUACUUGGAGAUUUGCGUUCAAAGGUAUUUCAAUAUUCAGUUUUGGUGAUCAGGGAAACAUCAUUAUUGCCUUGAGAAUGGAUCUCGGUUUCAUAUUUGAUGCACCAAUGGUGUAUCAAGAUACUGUUCUGUAUUCUACAGACCAAGGAUUGACAUGGUCUGAAGCAAAACUGGACAAACCUAUUCUGCCUCUCGCAAUCACCACCACGAUUGAUGGUUCUUCCAAGAACUUCCUGAUUGUUGGACAGAAAGAGGCCAAGAAAGAUUCUCAAGACGAAAUCAUUUACUAUUCGUUAGACUUCUCAGAUGCUUUCGAUAGAACCUGUGGAGCUAAAGAUUUUGAAGAGUGGUACUCAAGAGUUGAUUCUAAGACCAAAGAGCCUGUUUGCGUUUUUGGCCACGUUGAGAAGUUCAACAGGAGAAAGCAAGACGCCAACUGUUUCGUCAACACUCUUUACAAAGACGUCGAGGCCAUUGAGGUACCAUGCAUCUGUACCGAAGACGACUUUGAAUGUGCUCUGGGAUUUGCUAAGAACGAGAAGGGUUCUUGCGAGCCUGUAAUGACAGUGAUCACAGAGAACUUCUGUUCAAAUCCAAAGAAAACUAUCAAGUUGACUUCCAAGGUGAAAGCUCCUGGAAACCUCUGUCAGGAGAAAAAUGGGUUCAAGCCUCCGGCAAAUGAUUUUUCAAUCAGUUGUUCUGACGCCAUUGCAAAGUCGAAACUCAAAAACAUCCAGACUACUGCUUCCAUGUUUUCUGAAAAGAUCGUCAAUUAUUUCUACUUGGAGACCCAGAAAUCAGACCAAGUUUUGGACGAAACUAUACUCCUGAGUACCGCUGGUAGAAGGUUGUACGUUUCGUACAAUGGUGGUAUCACCUUUGACAUGGUUGAUUCCUUGAAAGAUGCAGAUGGAAAGAUUGUUGCUAUUUACACCAAUCCUUACUAUCGCGAAAGUGUGUACGUGAUAACAUCAGAUUCAAAGAUAUACUACUCCGAAGACAGUGCCUUGACAUUUUCGGUUGUGGAUGCACCUACAAAGUUGAACGAAUUUGGUCUGAGACAGAUCACUUUCAAUAAGGCAGAUCCAAAGUCUUUCAUAUGGUACGGAGAAAAAGGCUGCAAAUCUUACUUCAGCCAGGACUGUCAUGUGGAAGCAUCAUACACACAGGAUGGUGGUAAAACGUUCAAGCCUUUGAUUGAGGAUGUGAGAAUGUGCAAUUUCGUGGGUUCUACGCUGGACAUAGACCAGUUCACGAUCAACCCGAAUCUGAUCUUCUGCGAAAAAUUCAGCAAGACAAGCCAAUUCUUCCAGCUUGUUUCAACGACAGAUUUUUUCGAAAAAACGAAUGAUGUCCUCUUUGAGAGAAUAAUUGGAUCUGCUGAUACCGGUGAGUUUAUCGUCGUUGCCCAAGUCAACGACGACCAGACUCUGAGUGCUUUUGUGACUGUGGAUGGUUUAGUCUUUGCCCCAGCCGAAUUCCCUGCAAACUUCAAGGUUGAUAAGCAACAGGCAUACACGGUGAUGGAUGUUUCCUCGAAGUCGAUAUUUCUGCAUGUCACGACGUUCUCUGAGAUUGACAAACAAUUCGGUACGAUUCUGAAGUCCAACUACAACGGAACAUCCUACAUUGUGUCAUUACCAGAUGCUAACAGAGACAACAAAGGAUACGUGGAUUUCGAAAAGGUUGAAACACUGGAGGGAAUCUCUGUUGUGAAUGUAGUAGCCAAUGCUGAUAAGGUAAGGGAGAACCACGAGUCGAAGAAGUUGAAGACGAAAAUCACUCACAACGAUGGCGCUGAGUGGUCUUUUGUGCAGCCACCUGCAGUUGAUUCUGAAGGCAAUACUUACAAAUGCAAAGGAAAGUCCCUCAAAGAUUGUUCUUUGAAUUUUCAUGGUUACACCGAGAGGAAGGACGUUCGUGAUACGUAUUCGUCGGGUUCUGCUGUUGGAAUGAUGAUAGCAACGGGAAAUGUUGGAGAAUACCUUUUGCCUGCCUCUGAAAGUAACACUUUCUUCACUCAAGACGCUGGUGUCACUUGGAAAGAAGUGAAGAAGGGGGCGUACACCUGGGAGUUUGGCGACCAAGGCUCAAUUAUUGUUUUGGUGAAACCAGAAAAGAACCAGAAGACGCUUUGGUUCUCUCUUGAUCAGGCCCAAACUUGGGAAGAGUACGAAUUCUCGAAAGACCCCGUUUCAGUUGUUGAUCUGGGAACCGUCCCUUCGGAUACGUCGCGUAAAUUUGUCAUUCUUGCAGAAGAUGCUGACUCCCAAAACAUGUUAUUCACGGUUGAUUUCACAAGGGUGCACAACAGGCAGUGUAGCUUGGACUUGAAGUCUCCAACUGGGCCAAAAAGCGAUUUUGAGUAUUGGUCUCCAAAACAUCCAUUUUUGGCAGACAACUGUCUUUUCGGUCACGAAUCCGAAUAUUUGAGAAAGAAACCGAAAAGCAGCGAUUGCUUCAUUGGAAUGGCACCUUUGAAUGAAGCGUUCAAGGUAUUGAGAAACUGCUCCUGCUCCAGAAGAGAUUACGAAUGUGACUACAACUAUGCUAUGGCUGAAGAUGGAACGUGUAAGCUCAUCUCGGGGUUGUCACCAUUGGAUCCCGUACGCAUCUGCACCGCUGACCCAGAUCUACUUGGGUACUGGGAACCUACUGGGUAUAGGAAGGUUCCUCUUUCGACCUGUGAGAGUGGUCUUCAACUCGACAAAUGGACCGAACAUCCAUGUCCAGGCAAGAAGAAUGAUUUCAAUAAAAAGCACGGAUCUGGAAUCACCGGGUUUGGACUGUUUGCUGUUAUUUUUGUGCCCAUUGCUGUGUUCUUGGCUGCAACAUGGUUCGUCUACGACAGAGGCAUCAGACGCAACGGAGGAUUUUCAAGAUUUGGAGAAAUCAGACUUGAUGAAGACGAUGAACUCCAUCUCAUUGAAGAGAACAACACGGACAUUGUUGUGAAUAAUAUUGUGAGAGGGUUAUUUGCUGCUGUUGGCAAUCUUGUCCAGACUACGGGUGUGAUCCGCAACUUCCUUAGAACCCAGGUGUUUAGAUUGGGCGCAAAUUCUUCCAGAGGGUACACCAGAUUCGGUGCAGACUCAUUUUUCUCGCACGAAGACGAAGACGAGUCUCUAUUUAGAUACGCCACUGAUGAUGACGAUGCGCGUGAAAUUGACAAUUUCCUGGACGAAGGGUUCGAUGCUGGUGAUGAGGAUGAUAUGAGGCUAGGAGGGCCCUAUGAUGGGGCCGAAGACGGUUCGUCACCCGCUUCGCCGGAUGAUUUCAACGUAGAUGAUGAAGAAGAUGAUGGCGAUCUGGGAUCUUCCAGGAAUUAG